AUGGCUUCUAAACCUGUUAACGAGUUGGCCCACUUCGUCCAUAACAACACCACUGCUCCCCCGCACCCUAGCCUCCUGGGGAUGUUCUCCCUCCAGGGCAAGACCGCUAUUGUUACCGGUGCCGGUGCCGGGAUUGGUCUGGCCGUUUCCCAGGGUCUUGCGGAAGCCGGCGCCAACGUUGCUAUGCUGUGGAACACUAACGACAAGUGCCCUCAGCGGGCCGAGGAGGUUGCCUCCAAGUAUGGUGUUCAAACCAAGGCUUAUCAGGUUGACAUCACGAAUGCUGAGGCCGUGCAGAAGACCGUCGAUCAGGUCGUGAAGGACUUCAACGGCCGCUUGGACGUUUUCAUCGCCAACGCCGGUAUCCCCUGGACCAAAGGCCCCAUGGUCGACGGUCCCCUUGACCACUACUCGAGCGUCGUGGAUAUCGAUUUUAACGGCACCUUCUACUGCGCCAAGGCGGCGGCUGCCCACUGGAGACGACAGAAGGAGGAGGGAACCGACCUGAACGGCAACAAAUUGACGAAUUUCACCUACGGCAGCUUCGUGGCCACGGCUUCCAUGAGCGGACACAUCGUCAAUUUCCCUCAGAUGCAGGCGGCCUACAACGCGGCUAAAUCUGCCGUCAUCCACCUCUGCAAGUCUCUCGCCGUCGAGUGGGUCAAGUUCGCUCGCGCCAACACCGUUUCCCCCGGUUACAUCGCGACGGAGAUCUCCAACUUCGUGCCCAAGGAGGUUAAGGAUCUUUGGCGCGACAAGAUCCCCAUGGGCCGUGAGGGUCAGCCCGAGGAGCUCAAGGGCGCUUACCUCUACCUUGCGUCGGAUGCCUCCACCUACACCACGGGAGCUGACCUCGUGGUUGAUGGUGGCUACUGCGCCCCGUAG